ACAAGUUAGAAUAGGUAGAAUGAGUUUUGGUUCUGCAUAUUUUCCAACAUUGGCUGUUGUGGUCACAUGGCUGCUUUCGCUCCAUAAGGAUGCUUGUUUGUCAGGAUGUGAAAACAACCGACUGGUUUCAGGAAUGGCCAGAUUCCUAUGUGAAGCACAUCUACAGUUCAGAGGACAGGAGUGCACAGAGGCACCUGAGCAGCUGGGCCAUGCGCAAUACCAACAACCACAACUCUCGCAUCUUGAAGAAGUCCUGCCUGGGAGUAGUCGUUUGCAGCCAGGACUGUUCUGCUGAGGAGGGAAGGAAGAUCUAUCUGAGACCAGCCAUCUGUGACAAAGCCCGGCAGAAGCAGCAGAGAAAACGAUGUCCUAAUUGUAACGGGCCUUUGAAACUCAUUCCUUGCCGCGGCCACGGGGGCUUCCCGGUCACCAACUUCUGGAGGCAUGAUGGACGUUUCAUCUUUUUUCAGUCAAAAGGGGCACACGACCAUCCAAGGCCAGAAACAAAAUUAGAGGCAGAAGCGAGACGGUCAAUGCAGAAAUCCCACAUGGCAUCUUCUUCCUCCUCUACUGCCCCUCCAAAGCUGAAGAAGAAUCCAGGGACAAAGUCCCUACCAGGUGAAACCCAAAGUCAAGAAAGUUUACCUUUAACUUGGUCUUACCAGGAAGGCUUCCAAUUGCCUGGUAAUUUUAAUGGGCAUUUAAUCGAUAACAUACCCCAGAAGAAGUCACUGAAUAAUUGCCUUUCACUUACCAAGAGUUAUUAUUUUGAAAGAACACCUCAGCUUGUAGAGCCCUUGGUGGACUCAGGGCCCACUAAAAUCUAUGAAAAAUGCAAACUGACCGCUAGUCGGAUUUGCACCAGUGGAGAAUUGCUUCAGCCGUCUCUCUCAGGGGUCUACUCGGAUUAUGGAGAUCUUCAGAACUGGAAUAGGAAUACAGGCCUGGGGGGACCUCCAGAUCAUGACAGUUGCUGUCCUGGUUAUCCUUUCCCUUUAACCAGUUGGCCUUGUGAGCUCUCACCUCCACUGAGCUGUAUGGAAGCAGGCAACCAGCAGCUGCCCAGUGAGAUGUCAAUUGUCAAAGCUAGCUACCACCCAUUCAGGCCCACCUCGGCCCUGUCUGGGAGUGACCUGUAUGAAGAGAAGCUGCACAUGGAUUUUAAUGGCUAUUUCCCCACUGCUAGGUACCACUUCCCUCAGGAAGACCCUUUUCUCCUUAGCUACACCCCUCACCACCAAUACUCACUUCCAACCAAGGGGAGCAAAUGGGACUUUGAUGAAGAAGUGAAAUGCAUGACUUUGGAUCAUGACAACAGUGAAACAUUUCUAAACAUCUAUCCUUUAAGAUGAUGCCAGGGACUGACCUCACUUAUCUCCUCCCUACCCCCAAACCUCCCACUAAAACAUAACCAAACAAAAACUUGCUUUGGGAAACUUUGACACAGAUGUUUCCAGGGAACAGAAGUAACCACAGAUAAUCUGUACUAUGAAAGGGACCUAUAGGAAGUUCUUACUUCUCUCUACUAAUCUUUUAGGCACAUCCCUUAUCCCCAGUGGGGUACAGAAUCUACUGGGUUGGCCCAAGCCCAGCUCCAGGAAUUAAAUGACCUCUGGGUUUUGGGGUUUUUUUUGUACAUCAAAACUUUAACAUCCACCUGUUAGCUCCUCAUAUCUGGUUACUUCCCAUUGUCCUUGACACAUCUAAUACUUCAGACCCAACACCAUUAUUCAGUAUUUUUGUCAAUGUCUGCUUGAAAGAGGCAUGGUUGAGAGAAGGAAGGGACAGAUGGGGAGGGAAUAGAGAUUAUAUUAUCCAAAGCUUUUAAAAUAGUAUCUUAUCCUACAUUUAGAUAGUAAAAUAUUGUUGUUUGUCCUAGAGAUUUGUUGGACAGAAUUUUGUUUCACACUCUGCUAAAAAUAAAUAAAUA